CUAACGCAUUAUACUAGUCGACACCUCUGUCUAACUGUUUCUUUCGUGUUGUAAAAAAUAUAAGAACGUGUUUGGUAAUACUAUAGAAAUACUCAUAUUUAGGUUAGAAAUACAAAUAAACAAAAUAAUUUUCAAUUCCUUUUUAUUAAUUACUGCGAUAAAAUAAAAAUUUGCAUAAUGUUUAGACCUGGAGCAACUCCUAUUGUAGUUUUAAGCCAAAAUACAAAACGUGAUUCAGGCCGAAAAGUUCAAAAAGAAAAUAUUCAAGCCGGAAAGACCAUUGCUGAUGUUAUUAGAACAUGUUUGGGACCACAAGCAAUGUUAAAAAUGUUAAUGGAUCCAAUGGGUGGAAUAGUGAUGACUAAUGAUGGUAAUGCAAUUUUACGUGAAAUAACCCUUCAACAUCCUGCUGGAAAAUCAAUGAUUGAAAUAGCUAGAACACAAGAUGAAGAAGUUGGUGAUGGAACCACUUCUGUAAUAGUAUUAGCUGGUGAAAUGUUGGCAAAUGCUGAACCAUUUUUAGAACAGGGCCUACAUCCCACUACUGUCAUCAAAGCUUAUAAACAAGCACUUGAAGAUAUGAUAUCAAUAUUAAAUGAAAAUCUAAGUAUAGAACUUGAUUGCAAUGACAAAAAUAAGCUUGCUGAAGUGGUCCAAUCUUGUAUUGGAACAAAGUUCCUUGGACGUUGGUCCUAUUUAGCAUGUGAAAUAGCAUUAGAAGCAGUUCAGACAAUAAUAAUGAAGCAGAAUGGUUAUCAAGAGAUUGAUAUUAAACGAUAUGUAAAGGUGGAGAAGCUCCCUGGUGCAGCCAUUGAAGAUAGUUGCGUACUGAAAGGAAUUAUGCUAAAUAAAGAUGUAACUCAUCCAAAAAUGAGACGUUUUAUUAAAAAUCCACGUAUAGUUCUUUUGGAUUGUCCAUUAGAAUAUAAAAAAGGAGAAUCACAAACAAAUAUUGAAAUUUUAAAAGAAACUGAUUUCACAAGAAUAUUAGAGAUUGAAGAAGAAUACAUUAAAAAAAUUUGCUAUAAUAUUAUUUUGGUAAAACCGGAUGUUGUUUUUACUGAAAAAGGAAUCUCAGACUUAGCACAGCAUUAUUUAUUAAAAGCUGGAAUUUCCGCUAUUCGUAGAGUUAGAAAAAGUGAUAAUAAUAGAAUAGCUAGAGCUUGCAAUGCAACAAUUGUUAAUCGAACUGAGGAAUUACAAGAAAGUCAUGUUGGAACCGGUGCUGGAGUAUUUGAGAUUAAAAAAAUUGGUGAUGAUUAUUUUUGUUAUAUUGCUGAAUGUAUAAAUCCUAAAGCGUGCACCAUUAUUUUAAGAGGCGCAAGCAAAGAUAUUUUAAAUGAAUCAGAAAGAAAUAUACAAGAUGCUCUUCAUGUUGCUAAAAAUUUACUGUCAGAACCUAAACUUGUUCCAGGCGGUGGAGCGGUUGAAAUGGCCGUAUCUCACAUUCUCAACGAAAAGGCUGCUGGUCUUGCUGGAGUUGAACAAUGGCCAUAUAAAGCAGUAGCUCAAGCUUUGGAAGUAAUUCCGAGAACCUUAGCUCAAAAUUGUGGUGCUAACACAGUUCGAACUAUGACUGCACUGAGAGCAAAGCACGCCACUGGAGGUGUAACAUGGGGUAUCAAUGGUCAAACUGGACAUUUAGUCGAUAUGAAACAGCAUGGUAUUUGGGAACCAGUUGUGGUAAAACUUCAAACUUACAAGACUGCAAUUGAAACGGCAAUACUUUUAUUACGAAUUGAUGAUAUAGUUUCUGGAAGUAAAAAGAAACAGUCAGAAGAUAAUUUACAAUCGACACAUGUUUCUAAUGAAUCUAUAAAAGAAUAAUAAAUAAAAGUUAAAUUUUAUACGA